AUGGCCAGCAAAAGAUCGCGCGGCGCCUUUGAAGCCGAUCUUCAAGCGCUCCAGUCGCCUUACGCUUUCUAUGGCACACCACUUCCCCCUCUCGACCCCGGUACGCGCGACGAUGGCUCUUACGUCCCCGUCUGGAAGCAAGAAGUAACCGACGAGCGAGGACGGAAGCGACUGCACGGCGCGUUUACCGGAGGUUUCAGCGCCGGGUAUUUCAAUACGGUGGGCUCAAAAGAAGGCUGGACACCGUCAACUUUUGUCUCUUCAAGGCAGAACCGCGCAAGAGACACAAAACAGCAGAAGGUCGAGGACUUCAUGGAUGAAGAGGAUAUCCGUGAGGCGGAGGAAUCCAAGCAACUGCAGACGUCCGAAGACUUUGCAGGUUUGGGCGGUGGGCAAACUCAGGCCACGGGCAGACGUGGCAUAGUCGACCUCCUCAAGACGGAAGGUGAAACUAUGGGUGUCAAGCUGUUGAAGAGGAUGGGUUGGAGGGAAGGGCAGGGCAUUGGACCGAAAGUGAGGCGAAGAGCCAAUCUUGAAGACAGCAGCAACCUCCCACAGCACGCGAUCCAUCAACUUGAAACCCAUUUAUUCGCCCCUUCAGACGCCCCGAUGGUCACCUUUGUGCGAAAAGUUGAUCAUUUUGGUCUCGGAUUUGAGAGAGAAGAACGGCUUGACUCCAACUUGCGGCUGAAGGACACCCCGAGUCGCCAGGAUGAGGAUGAAGAUGAAGCGGGUGAUUCAUUCUUCGGCGGGCGACUGACAACACAAAAGCCGAGGAAAGUGAAUCAGGCUCCGCGUCGAGGAGUGUUUGGGGUCGGCAUCUUGAAUGAUACUGGUUCUGAUGACGAAGAUCCAUAUUCGAUGGGACCCCGAAUAUCCUACAACCGUACUAUAGGAGGUGACAAGAAGAAAAAGAAGAAAUUACAAAGUACCGAGGAGGGAAAGGCGGUCUCAGCAAAUCCUCUUUUGAGUAACAAACCCGUUUUUAUCUCCAAGAAAACGUCCCUAGCUGGGUUCCGGAAGUGUCACGACGGACGUCUACCACUCGACGGUUUCGUUCUCGCGGAUGCAGUUUCCGGGUUAUCACUCUCAGCUGGUAGAAAGUUCACGCCGCCAGAUAUACCCCCUGGUUGGAAAUCGGCGAAGGCUCCUGCAGCCCAAAGUGAUUUAUCGAAGUAUAUGUCAACGGCGGACGCGGCAAAGUCUUCCAAUCUCGAUCCGAAGUCUCGUGCCGAGUUGCUCGGUGAGGAACAGCUUCCAGGGAAGUCUAUAUUUGAUUGGAUGACACCAGAGGCUCGUGAGAGGCUUGUCAAAGCCACUGGGAGGACUGAUCUUCCACCAGCCUUGGGAGAAAAGGCUCCAAAAGGCUUUCACAUAUCAGAAGCCGAGCGGCGGAGGAAUUUAUGGGACCUCGUGCCUAAGCUUGACAAGGAGGCUGCCGUUCAGGCUCUGAAAAGAGCAGUAGGGGGUUGGAUGCCAUACUCGGAGGAUGAAAGCAAGCGAGCACGUUAUCGUAUUUUCCUUGAGAUUUCGGCUGGUCUGAAACAAGGUCUUCCAGAUCGUCUGCCAGGAUCAACAACAGAUGAAUGGGUAAAUGAGAUGCGAGAGUUCACUAGAGCAGCUGAAGUAUUUAAGCCUAUAUCUGGCGUUAUGGCCUCGCGAUUUACUUCGGCAAGCUCUGCACCGAAAGUUACAUCUGAUCAACCAGAUUCCUCUACAGAGGCUCUACUAAGUCGACCGCCUGCUAAACCGGAAGAUCCGGCCGAAGAGGCGGCUAAGAUUGGUAUGUUUGGUCCGUUGACUCGCAGUACGAUAUCGUUUUAUCCGACUCGCUUGCUUUGCAAGCGAUUUAAUAUCAAGCCUCCGGCACACGUUCACAUGGACCCUGGGGAUCAUCUCACGGGAGGGACCGGAGGCCCUACAGGAACUGCAGGCUCAACAAAGACUUCACUCGUUUCUCAGGAGACAAUGGAUCAGCUUCUCUUGGAAUCCGGGAUAGCGAUGUCUGGCAAACAUAUUUCUGCUCCGGCACCAGAGCAGAAGCCUCUUGUGAUUGAGCCUGAACGAAACGAGGCACUGGAAGGCGAACGACCAGGCGAAGCUGUUUUCAAAGCUAUCUUCGGCAGUGACUCGGAAGAAGAGGAUGAGGAUUAA